ACCCUGCGACUGGUGAUCGUGAGAUUUGAGUCCAUGGCUAUGACAACUCCGCUUUCUGUAAAAGCAGCUCCGCCCAUCCAUGGCUCAUACUGCUCGUAACUGCUCAUACUUUUCUAGUACUGUACAGUUGAGCUCACUUCGCACUAAUUCAAGUGUGCUCGCUCCGUCUACAGCAGUUGCCUCAUGAUGAAUCGAGAUUAGGACACACCCAUGCCCACCCAUGCACAUGCUCGAUGCGACGCGACGCCCACCCAUGUCUCAAGGGCCGUUGCUGCAGCCAUCACAGCCGCAUGCAUCACAGCGCAUCCAGUUUAUCCCCGUUACGCGAGUCCGAUUGAAUGCAGAACACGUUCAGGCAGUCAGCUGUCAGACUCGCGUGAUUCGCGGUCCAGCAAAGGCCAUUAGUAGUAGCUUCGAUCGAUCACUAGCACCAAGCAGCGCCGAUCACUAACGCUGAUCAACCGCGCCGAUCAUCAGCGUCGAUCAUUAGCGUCGAGCAUUAGUGUUACACUGAGAAGUUUAGGGUGAACCUUGUCCGUCACAUUUCCGUCACCUGUCAGUCAUCUGUCCGUCAUCUGUCCGUCACCUCUCCGUCACUUACCGUCACCUGUCAGUCAUGAUCGACGGCGGAGAUGUGUACCGCGUGUUCUGCGCCAUCGUGCCGCUCUACGUGGGGAUCGGGUCGGGGUACCUGUCGGUGCGCGUCUUCAAGAUCCUCUCGCCCGACCAGUGCGCCGGAGUCAACCGCUACAUCGCCUUCAUCGCCCUCCCCGCCCUCGUCUUCCAGACCAUCGCCAAGACCAACAUGUUCCAGAUGAACUUCCAGUUCCUGGGAGCAGACUCCACGGCGAAGCUCUUCGUGCUGGUGGCGGUGAUGCUCUUCCUGCUGCUCCGAGUGGUCGCCAAGCUCCUCCCCAUCCACAGGGCGUUCCUGUGGUCCGCGUCGCUCUUCAUGCUCGUGUCCAUGCCCAACACCCUCAUCAUCGGUGUGCCCCUACUCUCAGCCAUGUACGGGGACGAGGCCGGGGAUCUGAUGGCGCAGAUAGUGGUGCUGCAGUCGGCCAUCUGGAUGCCGCUCACCAUCCUGCUGCUCUCCUGCCAGCAAGCCACGGCCCUCAGCACCCGUGUGCAUGACGCCAGUGGCAACCAGGCUGCUGGGAUCACUGGCAACCCUGGCAACCCUGGCAACGCUAGCAACGCUGGCAACGGUGACAGCACGAGCAACCACCCAGCAAGCUCUACCACGGGGUCUUCUUGCUCGCAAGCUGUCCCUGCUGCUGGUGUGUCUCACCCCCGGCAGCGCGUGAUGACUCGGCUGGACAGCAUGCUGCUGCGCAGCAGCUCCUUCAACGGCAGCUGGUUCAACACCCGCGGCUUCACUGGCAGCAACCGCAGCUCUAGCAGCCAUUUCGAACACACCACCUCCACUGGAGCUACUUGCUCUCAGGCAACCCCUACUGCGGGUGCAGUCGAUCCUGCUGCCGCCCCUGCUGCUGGUGUGUCUCACCCCCAGCAGCGCGUGAUGACUCGGCUGGACAGCAUGUUGCUGCGCAGCAGCUCCUUCAACGGCAGCUGGUUCAACACCCGCGGCUUCAAUACAGCCACACUCACACGAUCCCUUAGUGGCAGAUCCGCUAGUGGUAGAGGCACCUUGGUAGACGUCAGCUCGGCAAGUGGUACAAACAGCACAUCAGCAGACUUAGUAGGAGCUCAGUUAGGAUCCGAAAUGGGAAGCAGGUGGGAAGAAUCCGAUGGCAGAGGGAGCCAGGGCGGGGACGAGCAGCAGGGGAGUCAGGAGGAUGUGCAGGGGGGAGUGAGCAGGCGAAUUGGGAGGCAGGAGGAGGUGACGGUGUGCAUUGAGGCAGCGGAACGUCAGACCAGAAAUGCAGCCCAGGUGACCGCUGCCGUAGUUGCUGCUGCUGCGGGGUCAGCGGCGCAUGCAGGUGCAGGGAGAAUGGCGACUGUAACUGCAGGGCCAGCAGCACGUGCUUCAGAGGAUGGUGGGAGCGAUGGUGGGAGAACAAGGGGAAACAGCGCCAGGGAAGAUGAUGUGAGAGGGAGGAUACAGGGAGAGGGAGAACGGUUAGGGGGCGGGGGGGGAGGAGUGGGGCUUGGGAGCUGCUUGGGACGGGGGAGCAGCAGCAGCUUGGGGCGGUGCCCGUCGAUAUCUGAGACCAGUACUUUUGAAGAGCCGUUGGAUAGAGGGUGGGAUGCAGAGGGCAAUUCAAGCCUUGGGAGUGACGUUGUUGCUGGUUACGCGGUUACAGGUCCAGCAGCAAAGGAGGAGCAGGACGAAGGAACUCGUGAGCAGCAGCAGAAGGAGGAGGAGGUGGGGCAGGGAGCAGUGGUGCCCUCGGUUGAUGGGAGCAAGUGUGGAGACGAAGUGGGGCAUGGGAAGAGACGGCGGAGAGGGAGGAGGCUGCUGGCGGUGCUGUGGGUGGUGUGGGCGAAGCUGGUGAGGAAUCCCAACAACCAUGCGGCGCUCAUCGGAGUUGUCUACUCGCUUGUUUCCAAUGCCUGCGGCUUUGGCUACCCAGAGAUGCUGCGCACGUCAGUGAAGAUCGUUGCGGACACGGGGCUCGGCAUGUCCAUGUUCAGCCUCGGUCUAUUCAUGGCCAGCCAGAAGAGCCUGCUCUCCUGCGGCCUGUGGCACACCAUCUGGUCGCUCACUCUGCGCUUUGCCCUCACUCCCCUCACCACGGCCCUCUUCGCCUUCCUCUUUGGCAUCCGCGGCAAGCUCUUCCGAAUAAUUGCCAUGCAGUCCGCACUGCCCCCAGGGGUGGUGACCUUCGUUCUGGCCAACGAAUAUAAGUCACACACUGCCAUCCAUAGCACGGGUGUUUGCUUUGGAACGCUCAUCUCCUUUCCCAUACUCAUGGGAUACUACCUCCUCCUAGGGGAGUGAUAACAGUCAACUAGGAGGCUAUUCGUAAGGACGUCUUGUGCCAAAGUAGCAUGUAACAUAUCAUUAUGUAAUAUAUCAUUCAUUCAUUG